AUGUCUCGUGCGGCAAAGCUGACAUUGGCGGCCACUGGCUUGGGGACUGCAGGCAUUGUUUAUUUUGUGCACUGGGCGCAAGAGGCAGACCGGGCGGCUAUGCACCGCGGAGUCGAACGGGAUAUGGAAAAGCAGCGCAUCCGACAAGAACGACAGGCCGAAUUCGAAUUGCAGAAGAGAUUGCAAGAGGAAUACCUACAGCUGCAGACUGUUUCUAGCAGUACUGGUGAUAGAAGUCCAGCGGGUCAAGCGUCAAAUACAGGGACAUGA